UUUAUUAUAAGAAAGAAAGUAUAACAUUAAAAGAUAAUUUAAUAUAAUAAUUAAGUACUGUGAAUAUGAGAAGGUAUAAGAUCUUUAUUAAUUUCACUUCUUUUUAAUCACAUUCUAACACUGCUUCACGUGGGCUGCAGUGGUUACCAUAGUAACGCUGUCAUCACUAUCCACCAAAGAACUCACCGCACGUCUACCUAUUAACCUUGCUACAAUCGCUCGAUUCUGUGUAAGAAGCUGCAAUUAUAUAAACAUGAAAGGCAAUAACAAACUAGAUAAUAUAUUCCAAGACGAUAUUCCAUUAAUUGACGAGGAUAUUGAAGACAAUAUUAUUAACGAUGGUGACGAGUCGGAAUCUUCUAUAGUCUUUAAUAAUGAGGAUGGUGACGAUAUUAUUGUUGAUGAUUUUGACGAGCCAGAAUCUCCUAAUUCUGAAACCAUGCGAAAUCCAAAUUCAGAAUCACUUCCUACGACUCGCAUAUUGGUGUUUAAUUCGGUUAAACAAGAGAUGGUGUCCAACGAUUUUCAGAGGGAGGAAAACAAUCGACUACUUUGUCAGGUCCAAGAGCUCCAGACUACUUUGAAUGAACUUUCUCAAAGACUUGAUCAAGUCAAGAAGAAGAAUCUUAGAUUAAAAUCUGAGAACAUAUUGUUGGGUCAAUAUAUUGGUACAUUGAUAUCUGCAUCAAAUGUGUACUCUAAUGCUUCUUUAUAAGUUAAUAUCAACAGAUUUACAAUUUAACUAUCUUAUAUAACUUUAUGACUAUAGUCUAGUCAUUAAAUAUUAAUUGUUUUUAUAAAAUAAUAAGUGUAAACUGAUUAACAAAUAUUUACUACGUUCAGAUGUGAAUGCAAAUUUAUAGUUCACAUAUAAUUAUUAUCUGGUUAUUAAGCGUGAGAAGCUUACGAAGGUAACGAUGAAUGUGGUUAUUGAAAGUGUACAAAUUCCACUGUUUCGAGUUCUAAUAUAAUUGACUAAUGAAAAAGAUAAUUAUUAAUAAUUAAAGAUAAAACAUGAUUAGGAGUGAAAAUUAAUGAUUGUUAUAUUAUAAAA